AUGGCGGGAUUUUGGACCAUCAUCCUUAUAGCGAUGGCUGGUACGCUGCUGCAUGGGUCCGUGGUUGCCGUCAGCGCCGGACGACGUGAGACCACGACUCAGCAGGCCUCCCUAAGACGCCGCGCCCUACUCAGCGCCGCGCAAGUGGACCCCGCUGCAGCCGGCGCAGCGGCCCCAGUCCAGGCGGCCCCCUCUGCGGCCGUUGAGGCCGCGCAGCCGUUCGCGGCGGCCGCCGUUGCAGCUGUCGGCCCCGCCGUGGGGGAGCCCGCCACCUACAUUGCUCCCGGCGCCACCGCUGCUGGCGGUGCGGGCACCGCGGCGCUUGCUGCUGGCACAGCUGGCGUUGCGUCCUUCACCGCCGCUGCCGGCCCGGCCACGGCCGCCGUAGGAGUGGUGGCCUUCACCCAGUGCUGGUUCCUGGGAAGUCGGGUCGCGCUGCCGGCGGGCGACUACCCAUCCCUGGCCGCCCAGGGCCUCAGCAAAAAGUUCAUGUCCCUUAGCAUCCCCACUGGCUGGACCGUCACCCUGUAUGAUGCGGAGAACUUCGCCGGCCGCAGCACCACCCUGACGCGCACUGACGUGUGCCUGUCGACCUGGGGCAGGAAGGCGACGUCCCUUAAGAUUGUUGAUCCCAACAGCGCCGGCGGCGGCGGCGGUGGUGGCGGCGGCGGCGGUGGUGGUGGCGGCGGCGGCGGUGGCGGCGGUGGCGGCGGCGGCGGUGGUGGCGGCGGCGGCGGCGGCGGCAGUAGCGCCAUCGAGUCAGACCUACUGCUCCAGGUCAACUCUGCGCGCGCGUCCUCGGGCCUGAGGGCCGUCACCAUCGACCCCCGGCUGACCGCCGCCGCCCAGGCGCACAGCGACGACCAGGCACGCCGCAACCGCAUGGGCCACGACGGCAGCGACGGGUCAACGUUUGACCAGCGGGUCAAGCGGCAGGGGUACACGCUAGGGUAUGGCGGCGAGAACGUGGCGGCCGGGUACGACACGGCGCAGGCCGUGUUCCAGGGCUGGAUGAACAGCGCAGGCCACAGGGCCAACAUCCUGAGCCCAAAUUAUGUCAACAUGGGGGCAGCUGCCACCAGGUCGGCCUCCGGUACUUUGUAUUGGACACAGGUGUUUGCGUCCCCGCUGUGA